AUGUCUGUUGAACAAUUUGUUGAUACUACCAUCGCUAACAACGACGUCGUCGUCUUUGCCAAGACCUACUGUCCUUACUGCCAUGCCACCGAAAAGGUGAUCGCUGAUGAGAAGAUCAAGGCUAAAGUUAUUCAAUUAGAUAUUUUGGAUAAUGGCGAUGAGAUUCAAGCGUACCUUUUGAAGAAGACUGGCCAACGUACUGUUCCCAGCGUCUUUGUCCACCAAAAGCACAUUGGUGGUAACUCUGAUUUUCAAACCUUGUACAAGAAGGGCGGUCUUUCUGACCUUUCUGGAACCGCUUAA